GACAUGUGAGUUUUUCUCCACUAUACUUGUGCUGAUGUCAGAGGAAUACAGAGUCUUGUUAUCAAUUUGACAGACAUCAGGAGUGGGGCAAUAAGGACAAUGGUGUUAUCCUUGUUCUGCUGAAAAUAAUGUCCAAGAAGCAAAGGUGGCAGGAGACCCUGGUAAAUGCUAAGACCAACAAUCCCACACAGAAGAAAGGGGGAAAGGAACUCACAUCAUUACCAGCACCUGGAGGUAAACAGGCUGGCAGCAAUGCAUCCAAAAACAGUGUUAGCAGUGGCCGGAGUAACAGCCUCGGCAGGGGAAGUGACUUUACCGCAACUGUUAGUAAAGUUGGAGGGAGUGUGAACAGAGGCAGCCUCAGCCACCUUGGCUCUGUUGGCCACCCGGCUACCAAACAAGCCUCCCACACAGCCAGAGCAGGUCCCCGCCUCUGCAGCAGCCGAAGCUUUUCAUCCCUCCACACCACCUCCCUCACUGCUGCUCCAUUCAUGAGAAGCAGCCGAUCUCUCAACAGGCUCGACCAAAGAUCCGCUGGAGAUGAUUCAGACCAUGCGGUAGGGAGGUCACAAGCCAAAAAAGACAAAGCUUCUGGAAAGAAAACUCUGAACACUGGCCGGUUGUCUUCCUCUUUGGACAAAAUCAGAGGUAGCAAAGAGUCCUGUCAUGGAGAUAAUGCUGACAGAAUGAAAACAAGCAGCUCCCUGCAGCCAGCAGAGCCUUCCUCCUCUUUGGUUUCCACCAGUGCACAUCACCAUCAUUGCAUCAAAGGAAAGAAACUGACCACAGAUGGGGUGUACACACUGUGUGCAAUGACCGCUGGGAUGAAACGCAACUGGGUCCACGCAGUGUUCAAGAACGUGCGGCCCAGUUUUGCACAUGACACCACAAGCUCUCGUUCAGAGCCGGAGACCCAGCAGUUGCAAGGGCACAGAACAAGCAGCCAGAGGGAAGCUUCACAUCAACAGCAGGAAAAAGACUCCAAAGUGCAGGUAGAAAAAAUGCAGAGCUCAGCCAAUGGAAACUCUUCAUCUUCUCUUCUCGCUGGUUCACCUGGUGCUCCAGCUCCUACUGAUUCUCCAAGCCAGGUGGAGGAGGAAGGCACAGGUGCUCACCAGUGUCCAGUUCUUAGUGGAACUACACAAACUGAUGCAUCAUCAUGUGGUGAAGGAUGCCAGAGUGACAGCUCUACUUCAGCAGUGGUGCUGUCAAAUGACGAGUGUUUUGAUGACAAUUUGAACACGCAGAGCGUCAGUGAACAUCAAACUAAACACACUCUGCAGAGGGAAGACCAGCAGGUAUCGAUAAACAGCGGCCGUGACUGCACAAAAGACAAGCAAACUCUGGCGUGUGAGCAGCAAACUGGGCAACUUGUCAAAGAGCUGGAACAAACACAGAGGGAACUGUCUCAACUCCAGCAGCUGAACAGGAAUCUGAAGGAUGAGCUGCAAAGAGAGAAAGAGAUCCAUUCAAGGGAAUGGUUUGGUGCACAGGAUGCCACCAACUCGUCUUCACAACAAGCUUUGGCUCUACAGCGACUGCAGAAGAUAAAUCAGGACCUUCGCUUUGAGCUGGAAGCACAAAAAAGGAGUCAUGAGGAAGCCAGAGAAGCAGAACUACAGCAAAGAGUCGAUCUCUUAGCCCAGCAAGCUCAGCUGCUGGUGACAGGCGAUGCCACAGUGCUCGCACAAGCACAUCUCAAGCAAGAGCGUCAAAGGUUUCAAGAUCAGCAGGUGGAAUGGGAGCAAUGUGUGACAUCGCUGAAGUCCCAGCUGAACAUCAGUGAGGAGCAGAGGAAGGAGACCGAGUCUCGCUUGUCACAGCUGCAGCAGGAAUUAGAUAGUUACCAAAGUCUUCAGCAGGAGGCUGAACGGCUGCGGAAAAAUCUUGAUGAGGUGUCAGCAAAGCUUCAUACUUAUGAGGAGACACAGGCUCAAAAAGAUACUCGGCUACAGAAGCACCUCGUGCUCCUUCAAGCAAGUCAGGAGAGGGAGCGAAGGAGCUUGACGGCAAGCCUGGCGCAGGCUGAACAACACUCACAAGACCUUCAGGAGAAGCUGGACAGGUCUGAGCAGCAGGUCGAGAGCCUUACUAAGAGUCAGACAUGGACAAGAGAAAUUGAGGUGGCACAACGACAGCUUCAAGAAGAGUUGGCACGUACAAUAUCUGCUGUACAGCGACUGCAAGAGGAAAGAGAGCAGGUCGAGCGUCACUGCCAGGAGCUGCAGGAUCAGUUAUCAGAGACAGACAGGGAAGUGAGCAGGCUGCAGGACCGUUUGAAAACAGAAGAAACCCACUACUACAAUCUGGAGCACACGUAUGAGAGAGUCUGUGAGGAACUGCAGGUGGCCUUGGGGAAACUGAGGCAAAGGGAGUCUGAAACACAGGACAUACGAGAAGGAUAUGAGAGACAACUUGACAGGAAGGAACAAGAGCUGAGUGAAGUUUUGCUAAAGAUGGAAGUGUUAGGUAAUAGCUUGGAGGAGACAGAAGUGAAACUGAAUGAGGUGUUGAAAGCAUGCACCUGUGCCUCUUCUCGGCUGGGGGAUAAUUCAUCAGAGAUCAUUCAACAUAAAGAGCGACAACAGCAAACAACACCGCAUUUCACUGUAAAUGAAAGCACAGAAAAGGACAGUUACCAGUUGUUUAACUGGUCCAAUACUGCAGAUGUCAGCCACAUAAAUGGUGACAACUCUAAUGGACAUGGAAGAACCGGCUCUCGAUCACUUGAUGAGUCAUACCAGUACUUCAUCACUGCAGGAGAUGAUCCAGAACGGUUUAUGUCUGUAAUCCAGCUGCUUGAAACCAAGCUGUAUGUAACGGAAGAGAAACUAAGGGACAUUACACAAAGACUGGAGGAACACCAGAGUCACAUCAACUGUCGAGACCCCCAGCUUUGCUCCCAGCUGACUCAGAGUCGAGCGACCGCCCAGCACCUCAGUCUGCUGCUUCACAGUCAGGCUAAGCAGAGCCAGCGCUUUGCCCAGGAGACAGAGAAUCACUGCCGGAUGUUAGUCGGCAAGUUUCAGGUGGCUGUGAACAUCAUUCAGGCCUGCAGAGAGAGACUUCAUGCUACUCCCCUCAAUAUUCCAGACUUGGAGAAACAACUAGCUACUGUUGCCGCCUGUCUUCAGCAAGGAGAAAAAGAUGCACUGAAACAACAGCACGAAUCAUAUAAUGUCAGCAAAGGAGAGGGCAAGAUCCUCAAUGAUGAGAAAUCAGCUGGAGCUGAGAGUAACACAAGUAAAUCCACUAAUACUUGGUCCUCUUUGGAUGACACUGGGAGUGUUGAGAAGUGCUUAAUGAUGGAAUUGUUUGUAGUGGAAAAAAUUGCAUCUGUCCUUCAGAGCCAGCAUGGUCAGCUAUCCUCAAUAUCAAGAAAGGAUGAGGGGGAAGUGGCACAAAGGUACAAAAACAUAAUCACUCAAAGAAUAACCCUGAAAGCAGAAGAAAGGACGCAGUCUGAGAGAACAGAGUGUGACACAGAUGACCCUUUAGAAAGCUCAAUCUAUACAGUUUGUGCUGAAGCAGAGCUCAUUUAUGCUGCCUCAAAAAUUCAGCAACAAUAUGAAAGUGUGACUCAGGUAAAGGGCAAAGAAGUAGAGGAUCAAAUGGUGGGUCUGGCAGAUAUCAGUCCCUCAGAGUUGGCUCCUUAUGAGGAGCAAGUGCAGGUAGAUGCCAAAGGUUUGAAAGAAGAUGCAAAACCAGCAGAAGAGGACCAAUCAGAUGACAAAAAGGGAGAGGCAGAGAAAAAGCCAGACUGGUUAGAGAGACUGAUUUCCCGGCUGCAAAGAAGGGCUAAAUUUUUACACCAACUCUGCCAGGUGAUCUCUGAUGAUAGCAGACCUGUCAGUGAGGACGGUAUGGAGCAUAAAGGGAAGAAGGCUUCUGCCUUUGACUUAAAAUGUUUGCUGGAGCAGGCAAAGUUAAUUUAUCUGUCAGAAAGGAUAUACAUGGAUUUAAAGCAAGAGUUUCAAUCUGACAUGAACAAAUUGCAAGAGCAGGGCAACAAUGUAAUGGAUGAUCAAGAGGCUUUAAAUGACACCAUUUGCCAGCUUCAGGAAGACAAUGGCAUGCUAAGAAAAGAACUGGAGCUGGCUGAACAAAAGAUGAUAUCUGUAAAGACUGGGAACCAGAGACUCCUGGAAGACAUACAGAAAAUUGAGGAUUAUCAUACAGAACGAAUGGAAAAACUGGAAAGAGAGUUUCAGGAGAAGAUAAAGGAACUGCAGCAGAUCCACGAAGAGGAGAUGAAACACUUACAUGGUUACUACACCAAGUCCUGUGUUUCCAGAGAGAAACAGACCAAAUCCUGCACAGAGGCAGCCCCUUUUGUCCAAAGUACAUCUUCUCUCCCAGAGCAGACUUUGAUAGAGAGAAAAACAAAGGAGGACUUUGGAAUUCAGAUGAAGGGAGGUGAUGCAGUAGCCAUGAGAGAGGCUUACCAGAAAGAUCUUGAAAAUCUUCAGGCUUCCUGUGAUCAGGGGUUGACUGCUAUGGAGGAAAUGCACAGGAAUCUUAUAGAAGAUCUGCAGCAGCAGCAUCAGAAGGAGGUGGCUGAACUUCUGAAGGAGAAAGAACAGCUCCUACAGGAGGAGACAGCUGCAACAAUGGCAGCCAUUGUGGCAAUAAGGAGAGCCCACAGACAGGAACUAGAGAAAAGCAGACAGUCUCAGCGCAUCAUGGAAAGUGCUGACAUCACGCAGCUCCACAGCGAAUACGAGAAGGAGGUCCAGUUAUUGCACAAGGAGCUCGAGAUGUUGUCGGUCCAGCACACUGAGAAAUGCCUGGAAAGCUCUCAGCUCAGAGAGGAACUGCAAGAUGAGAGAAAAUCAAUGAUGCAGUGCCAAAAAGAAAACCAGGAACUCAAAAAUAAACAGGUGAUUCUGAGGGCGAGGGAGGCAGAGAUUCAGUUUCUCAGACAGGAAGCUCAUUCUCUCAAAGAAGAGUUGAAGAUUGCUCAAAUGGACAAAAUAUACGCUGAGAAUAAGCUCAAGAUCACUUAUACAAACAGCCAAGAUGAUCUUCAUCAACACGUCAAUAAUAUUGGUGAACAUUUUAAGUUCUCCACAUGGUCUCCAAGAAGAGUCACUUCAGGGCAGAGUCAUGAGGACUCUGCGACAAACACAAACAGUGCUACUUUUCCAAAGAAAUCAUCCCUCGUGCGUCAAAUAAGAGCAGUUAGAUCAAAGAGUUUGAAAGAGGGCCUUUCUGUCCAAGAAAGAAUGAAGCUGUUUGAGUCAUUCUGAUCCAAAGAAGAUGAGCUGCUGGCAUCUGCACUUCAGAGCAUUUCAGAAAUAGUACAACUUUUUACUGUGUAAAAAGUUUGUGAUGGUGUGUUGAAUUAACAGAAUAACCCACUCAACCACUAGAGGGAGCAACAAACACAGAUCAUUUUACACAUACAGUUAACACAGGAAAGAAUAUCAUAGUGACAUUAUAUUUCUGGUUUACAGUUCAGUGAAUUAUACAGUGAUUUUGUAACUUAUAGACAUACUGGUUGUAUUUACAUUAAAGUACAACUCACAUAAAUGUAUUGGAUCACUUAUAUUUAACAUUAUGGACCACAUAAUCUAAUAUUUACCCUUCCAGCAGAGGCAGCAGAUUCCUGAAACCAAGAUGUCACUUUCUGAACCUUCAAAUUUAUUCAAAGCAGCUGUUUUAUGAUGUAAAAUAACUGAGCUUUCGAAUAAAAUGAGAUUGGUCAAUGUAAUGUGGGCCACUGUUUUC